GCGCGGGUCACAUGCGGCUGGCGUGGGGCCGCGUGGAGGGGCGUGCGGCAAGGGGGCAGGGAGCUUCCCGUGACUCAGGGCCUUCGGGCUUAAAGGCGCCGCGGCCCUCCGAGGCGGUCGCCUGGGCCUUUGAGCUACUCUGCUGGUGGCCUCGAGCGAGCAUAGGUCCUGAGCAGACUGACGGAAGGAAGCCUUGGCGCCCAGAAUACUUGCUUCUUUCUCAGCCGUCGCACGUGAGGCCCAAAGCAGCCGGCGCUGGCACCUGGCGCCCCCUUUCCCCUGCCGUGAGCCUCCCGUGCACCCUCAAGGGAGUGGGGGACCCCGGGAGGACGCAGCUGCCGGGGCGAAGACCCCCCCACGUGGGGAGUGCCGCGACGGCGCGGGCGCGGCCCCUUUAAGGCGGAGGGAUCAGGCCCUCGUGCCAGGCGCGCCUUCCUGGCCUGGGGGUCACGUGGCUUCACACGUUCGAUAGGCUCACGGAGGAGUCUCGGCAAGCGCGCGGGUAAGGUCCUGAGCCCGACUUAACUUUGAGCCAGGAGGCCUGCAAAUUUGGCGGACCCCAGGACGAAGAAGUGGGAAGGAUAAAAGAUUGCUGGGACAACCAGGAAGCACCUGCACUCUCCACGUGUAGCAAUGCCAAUAUUUUUCGAAGGAUAAAUGCCAUAUUGGACAAUUCUCUGGAUUUCAGUAAAGUCUGCACUACACCCUUAAACCGAGGAAUUCAUGAUCAUUUGCCAGCAGAGUUCCAGGACUCCGAAGAAACACUUACAAGCAGGAUGCUUUUCCCCACCUCUGCGCAAGAAUCUUCCCGUGGCCUCCCAGAUGCAAAUGACUUGUGCCUUGGCCUGCAGUCCCUCAGUCUGACCGGCUGGGACCGACCCUGGAGCACCCAGGACUCAGACUCCUCAGCCCAGAGCAGCUCACACUCGGUACUGAGUAUGCUCCAUAAUCCACUGGGAAACGUCCUAGGAAAACCUCCAUUGAGCUUCCUGCCUCUGGAUCCCCUUGGGUCUGAUUUGGACAAGUUUCCAGCACCUUCAGUUAGAGGAUCCCGCCUGGAUACUCGGCCCAUCCUGGACUCCCGUUCUAGCAGCCCCUCAGACUCAGACACGAGUGGCUUCAGCUCUGGAUCAGAUCAUCUCUCAGAUUUGAUUUCAAGCCUUCGCAUUUCCCCUCCUCUGCCCUUCCUGUCUCUGACUGGGGGUGGUCCCAGAGACCCUUUAAAGAUGGGGGUUGGGUCCCGUAUGGACCAAGAGCAAGCUGCUCUCGCUGCAGUCACUCCCUCCCCAACCAGUGCUUCAAAGAGAUGGCCAGGAGCUUCUGUGUGGCCAACCUGGGACCUCCUUGAAGCUCCCAAAGACCCCUUCAGCAUAGAGAGGGAGGCCAGGCUGCACCGGCAAGCUGCAGCUGUGAAUGAAGCCACCUGUACCUGGAGUGGUCAGCUUCCUCCCCGCAACUAUAAGAACCCCAUCUACUCCUGUAAGGUGUUCUUAGGAGGUGUUCCCUGGGAUAUUACGGAAGCUGGAUUGGUUAACACCUUCCGUGUUUUUGGCUCUCUAAGUGUGGAGUGGCCUGGUAAGGAUGGCAAGCACCCCCGGUGUCCUCCCAAAGGUAAUAUGCCUAAAGGGUACGUGUAUCUGGUCUUUGAGCUAGAGAAGUCUGUCCGGGCCUUGCUUCAGGCUUGCUCUCAUGACCCACUGAGCCCAGAUGGCCUGAGUGAAUAUUAUUUCAAGAUGUCCAGCCGAAGGAUGCGCUGUAAGGAGGUGCAGGUGAUCCCAUGGGUCUUGGCUGACAGCAACUUUGUCCGGAGCCCAUCUCAGAGGCUGGACCCCAGCAGAACUGUGUUUGUUGGUGCCCUACAUGGGAUGCUCAAUGCUGAGGCCCUCGCUGCCAUCUUGAAUGACCUAUUUGGAGGAGUGGUGUAUGCUGGGAUUGACACAGAUAAGCACAAGUAUCCCAUUGGGUCUGGUCGUGUGACUUUCAAUAACCAACGUAGUUACCUGAAAGCAGUCAGUGCUGCUUUUGUGGAGAUCAAAACUACCAAGUUCACCAAGAAGGUUCAGAUUGACCCCUACCUAGAAGAUUCUCUGUGUCAUAUUUGCAGUUCUCAACCUGGUCCUUUCUUCUGUCGAGAUCAGGUCUGCUUCAAGUACUUCUGCCGGAGCUGCUGGCACUGGAGGCAUAGCAUGGAAGGCCUGCGCCACCACAGCCCCCUGAUGCGGAACCAGAAGAACCGAGAUUCCAGCUAGAGGAGCUGGCAUUGCCCAGUGGCCUGUGGAGCCCAAGGCUGGCAGGUCAGGCAUUAGCCUGUACCACUGUGCCACUGGCGACCAGGGAGCUGGUUUCCCACGGACAAGGGAAAAUCGUAGUCACCUUUGCACUUGCUGAAUCUGUCUUUGUUUCUGCACUAAUUAAUGCACAAUGAGUUUUGUUGGGUUUUGUUUUCAGGGGGUGCACCAAGGCAAGGGCCCUUGGGAUCACCCCUCAAGCGACUGUAGUUUUCCCAGAUUUUAGUUCCUCAUUUUGCAGAUGAAAACCCAAAAAAAAAAAAAAAAAAAAAAACCCAAAAAAAAAAACAAAAAACAAAAACAAAAAACAAAAAAAGCAAACAACAACAAAAGCAACUAUAUGUCCAGAAGGUAUUGACACGGAUGCCUACAUCUAGGUUUAUUUAUUAAAGCGCUUUUUUACAUUCCUUGCAAUACUGAUGGUGAUGAUGCACAGGUCUCAUUGGUUUCAUUCUUGCAGUUGCCAUACAGUGCCUUUCCAUUUAUUUAACCCCCACCUGAACGGCAUAAACUGAGUGUUCAGCUGGUGUUUUUUACUGUAAACAACAAGGAGACUUUGCUCUUCAUUUAAACCAAAAUCAUAUUUCAUAUUUUACGCUCGAGGGUUUUUACCGGUUCCUUUUUACACUCCUUAAAACAGUUUUUAAGUCGUUUGGAACAAGAGAUUUUUUUCUUUCCUGGCAGCUUUUAACAUAGCAAAUUUGUGUCUGGGGGACUGCUGGUCACUGUUUCUCACAGUUGCGAAUCAAAGCAUUUGCAACCAAGAAAAAAAAUUUUGUUUUAUUUGAAACUGGACUGGAAAAACGGUGUUAGAGCGGCUGCUGUAUAUAGUUUUAAAUGGUUUAUUGCACCUUCUUAAGUUGCACUUACAUGGGGCGGGGAGGGUUGAUAGAAGUUUUUAAUCACAAAAUCACAGGACUUUUUUUCUUUUGUAACUGAGCUAAAAAAAAAAAAAAAAGGGCUGCUUUUUUGGUGGGGGCAGAUGAAG